UGGCGCCGACAAUAUACCUUCCGAUGGCGGCGAUGGAACCCAAGCUGAAUGCGAAGGAACGACGGAAGCUCCGCCGCGCGGCAGCAGCACCGACAAGUGAGCCUGUUGACAAGAAGGACGAGAUCUCUGCUGCACCGUCAAAGAAGGACGAGGAUGUGAACCAACCGCCGAUGAAGAAAGGCAACACAGAAGAUCCUCAAGCGAUGGCUCAACGAUCCACGCCGACACCGGUACACGUUGUUCAAUCUAUCAAGGACGACGUGAAAGCAAAGGCGAAACCUGCCGAAGAAGACUUCAUCCAGCUGCCGUCACUCAACAGCACUCCCACCGUGGAGCCGGAAAACACAACUGCUGCAAAUGCAAAAGCACGACGACUCGCUGCGCGUGCAGCAAAGCGUGAGCGCCCCUCAUCUGACGAACCUACUGAAGAAAAGCCGCAAGGAAGCGAAGCCAGCAACGCCAAGGCCCGUCGUUUGGAGAAGCGUGCUGCAUCUCGCAUGUCAACGGCGACAGAUGCGACAUCCUCGGCUACUACCGCCAAAAAAGUGCCCAAGCGAAAGCUCAAGGACCCGAACGCAAAGAGCAUCCACUUGACGCUGUUCCUCGGCCAAUUGCCGUUCGACGCGACGGAAGAGAUGAUUCGCAAGCAUUUCCACGAAGCCGGCGACAUCAAAAUUCGCAUGUUGACGGACAAAGCGACCAAGAAGUUCAAAGGCACAGCGUUUAUCGAGGUCAAGGAUAGCGCGGCACUGGGCGCGGCGCUGAGUCGACACCACAGUCUCCUGAACAACCGCCGCAUCAAUGUCGAGUUGACUGCGAACGGCGGCGGAACCAAAUCCGAGCUGCGGCAGACGCGAAUCAAGGACCUCCGCGACAAGCAAAAGGUCAAGCAAGUUGAAAAGGUCCAAGCUCUGCUGCAAAAGCACGUCGACGACCCGGAGUGCAAGCUGACCCAGGAAGAUGUGGACGAGCGCAUGACAGACUUCCUCUCGUGGUUCGACUACGAGACGGCCAAGCUCGCCCUGGAAGAAUUCAACCGUUGCGUUGGGGAGAGAGUCAUCAAUCGACGGGCGUUUUUCAUGGGGAUCCUCAAGCGAUUCCGCACGACGGAUGGCGUCGAAGACGAACGACCCCUCAAACGCUCGGAAUUGAAAGGCGGACGUGGUGGCCAGGGAAGCGGAGGACGUGGCUUUGGUGGCGGUGGCCGUGGUGGCGCAGGACGCGGCCGAGGGGGUCGCGGAGCUGGCGGUCGUGGCUUUGGUGGCCGAGGGGAUCGCGAUGGAUCUCGGCCCCCGUUCAAGCGCGCACGACGAGAGUAAUUGCCCUCGCCCAACCCCUUGCGGCAGCGUCGCCAUAUUCAAACAUAAUCAGAGUCGCCGUUUUCAAGAGUCA